AUGGGUUCUUCUAGUGGGGUUUCUUCAGGGUCAAGCAUGCUUCAGAACUCAGGCUCUGAUGAAGAUCUUCAUCAGGUCAUGGACCAAAGAAAGCGCAAAAGAAUGCUAUCCAAUCGGGAAUCGGCACGUAGAUCUAGGAUGCGCAAACAGGAACAUCUGACCGAUCUGACGGCUCAAAUUAGUCUUCUGAAGAAGGAGAACCACCAAAUCCUCACAAGCAUGAAUGUGACCAACCAACUCUACAUGAACCUUGAGGCAGAGAACUCUGUCCUCAGAGCUCAGAUGGAUGAGCUCAGCAACAGACUGCAGUCUCUCAAUGAUAUCAUAGACUGCAUUAACUCAAGCAAAUGGCUUUUUGAGGCUGAAGAAGAAGACACUCAGAUUAUUGGUGGUGAUGGAUUUCCUAAUCCAUGGAGCACUCUCUGUUUGAACCAACCAAUUAUGGCUUCUGCUGACAUGUUUAUGUGUUAA